AUGCUAACUGUUUUUAUUUUGGCAUAUGGUGUACCUACCUAUAGUCUUAUAUAUGGUGUUCAAAAAUUUACUUGGCAUCUACCACGUACUAUUAUAAAUCUUGCUUACUGGCAAAUAUUUGGUGAAUUAGAAGCACUUGAUGAAAUUGAGAAAAAUUAUGAAAUUAGUGGUUAUGUUGUGUUUAUUUUACUCAUUGCUUAUAUGACUGUUGCAAGUGUUCUUCUUAUCAAUCUUCUUAUAGCAAUGUUCAGCAACACAUUUGAUCGUUUACAUAUGGAUGCUGAUUAUAUUUGGAAAUUUCAACAUUAUUCAUUAGUAUCUUAUUAUUUAUCAAGACCAGCUUUGCCACCACCAAUUGUUAUUAUAACACAUCUUUGGCGGUUAAUACUUUAUUUCUUCUCGACUUGUACUAAAUUACCGUGGUUUCGUAAGAAACAUCGUGAACAUAAAAAUCGAUCGAAAUUUAAAAUUUUUGCUGAUUACGAAUUAACAAGAAAAAUUGAAUCAAUUGAAGAUGCACUUGGUAAUGAAGUUUAUUAUUUUUUUUUGAAAACUGAUCGAAAAAUAGUCGAUUGUCAAAUUGAUUUUGAUGAAGAUCGAGUACAUUCACCACAAGAGAUCAUGUUAAACAAAAUCAAAAAACUAGAAAAUCAAGUACAACUAAUACAAAAUCAACAAGUGAAUAUGUUCGAAUAUCUGGAAUUUUUAAUGAAUGGAAUAAAAAAGAUUGGUGGCGAUGAUAUUGAAAUGCCUAAACGAUAUCAUGUAGUAUCUGAUAUAUAG